AUGGCGAACGGCUACUUUGGCCAGACCGCCUCUUUCCUGACCUCUGCGGCGGGCUACAUGCGCCUGCCAGCUCUGGCAUCAACGGGCAUUGUCGCCAUCCUCACAUCCCUCCUCUACUUUAAACAAAAGGCGCUCAUUUAUCCCUCUCAUAUGCCGCCAAACUCUCGAACCGACAUCCCACGACCUACGCAGUUCGGAAUCAAGGAUUUCGAAGAGCUGGUAAUCCCCACCGACGAUGGCGAGAAGCUCUCGGCUUACUACAUUCGCGGCCCCCGUGGCGGCAAGAACUCGGACAUCACAAUCCUCAUGUUCCACGGAAAUGCAGGCAAUAUCGGUCACCGCCUCCCCAUCGCGCGCGUCUUCAUCAACAUGAUUGGGUGCAACGUCUUCAUGCUCGAGUAUCGAGGAUACGGCGCCUCCACGGGCGAGCCAGACGAGGCGGGCUUGGGAAUCGACGCCCAGACCGGGCUCAACUACCUGCGCGAGCGAGCAGAGACGAGGAACCACCGGUUUGUUGUUUACGGCCAGAGCCUCGGUGGAGCCGUCAGCAUCAAGUUAGUGGCCAAGAACCAGGACCGGGGCGACAUUGCGGGUCUGGUAUGGCGCAGCGAAUCCCUCUUGCCGUCCAUUGACAAGAUUCCUAUCUUGUUCCUCAGCGGACUGCAAGAUGAGAUUGUCCCUCCCAGUCAUAUGACCCAACUGUACAAUGUCUCCACCUCCCCCAACAAGACGUGGAAGACAUUCCCUGGUGGCGAUCACAACUCGAGUGUGCUAGAGGAGGGUUACUUCGAGGCCAUCUCGGAGUUUAUAGCUGACGCCCUGGGCAGCAGCGCACCCAUCACGGACGGCAAAAGCCAGUGA